CAGCAGUGCCUGCCAGGAAAUGCAGCUCCCCUUGGCACCUGCGUCCUCCUGCUUUGCAUUGGAGGAUUCCCUGCUGCUGCUCUCUCCCUCACCCCGUCUCCUGACUCUCAUCCCAAAAUGGUUCUUCUCAUCCAGGACCUGCUACAAGCACAUUGGAAGAAGCAUUUGCUGACACUUUUGCUGCAGUACAAUGUGGAUCAUUUUGUUUCUGACCUUUAGCUCUUGGCAUUUCACAGAUCUCCUCUCUUCCCCCUUUGAAGGUUCCUUUUGCAGGUCCUUCCUCAUGUCUCUUUUGGAGGGGGAAGGAGCAGAAGCAGGCAAGCUCACAAAGCCUUACAGGGCUUUCAGAGAAUGAGGGACUUAUGCUGACUGAGGCACUGGAACUGAGGUUGGGGUGGGAAGCAGCAAAUGGGAACAUUUGGUCUGGGAAAGCUCUGCAGAGCUAAUAGGGAUGGGCAUCCUGCCUUCUGCUCCAGGCUGGUUCUCUUAGCUCAUAUCUGCUCCGUGUGGGUCUGCACAGGUCUGACCCGCCUCAUCAGUUAAUGGAUGUUUGGAAAGAGUUCAGCUGGAGAAUAAUUGAGCAAAGCAGAAAAAAAUGAAUGCACUUAUAGUAAGCAUCUGUCUGUGAAGAGCCAUGAGGGCAGGCAGGCCCAGUGGAUCAAACCAGGGGUGAUCUGGCCCAGUAUCCCUCUCUGACAGCAGCAGGUUCCCCCAGAGGAGUGGGAAAUAGAUGCAAGUGCAUGUGUUUGUUUCCACCUGCACUCUCCCACCUUCAACCAUUUUCAGACUCUGACAGGUGUGGUUUCUGGGCACUGAAUCAUUUCCGAAGGGUUUCUCUUCCCUGAACUCGUCCCGGACCCUCCACCGGCUGUCAGCACCCGCAGCAAGGAGUUCCCCAGCUUAACCAUAGGCGGCAUGAAGAACCACCUUUCCCCUUUGUUUUAAGCCCAGCUCCUGCCAGCUUCGCCUGUUUAUUUUAUUGGAAAAGACAGGGAGCUCUCAAUUCCUGUCCAUCCUAUUCAACGGCACACUGAAUGAACACCACCCUGUUAUCUUUUAUUACACGUAGUGUUUGGAGACCUCUUUGUGCAAGGCAGUGGAUGAAGAUAAGGGUAAAUAAUGGUUGCUUUGCUGCAGUGCCUCUGGUGCGAGCAGAGGAAGCAGAAGAAGGGUGGGGGAAACCACAUGACAGAAGAGCUGUGUGAGCUGGACACCCUUACAGCCGGUCUCUUUCCAAGGUUGCCUUUUUCUUUUCCAGGCAGCCCAGCUGGAAAACGUGGUUCUCCUGACCCCGAGCAAUUUCCCUCGUGCCUCCCGUGACGGAGCCGUGGGCGGUGAGCAGGAUGCAGCAGGCUGCUGGCAGGAGCAGGCCCGUUCCCUCGCUGCGGCGCUCCCAGAGCAGGCUCACCGCCGACUCCUACUGCAUACACCGCAUCAUCGAGGACCCCGAGUGGUCCCUCGCCGCCGUCCCCCAGCUCACUGAGCUCUGCCUCCAGCACAUUGUCCACAAUUUCACCCAGAACCCUAUUUUAGACCGUCUCCUGCCUGAGCACCAAAGGAAGGUGCUGGACAGGCUCCCCACUGCCCUUCCGCUUGCGGUCACUGCCAACCUAGUGAGUGACGAGGACUACUGGAAGCGGUGCUGCACCGAGCGCUGGCAGGUGUGUGACAUCUCCAGCUAUGGGGACAGCUGGAAAAGGAUGUUCUUCGAACGUCACCUGGAAAACAUCCUGAAAAGUUUCGUCCCCAACACCACGGACCCCAAUCAGGUUCUGGAGCUCAUCCCGCUCUGCAAAGACUACGUGCGGAAACUGGAGGUUGACCAGUUCCUGCCGCCGCUGAAGGUGGAUCCAGAGGAGGAGGCGGACGACAUCUCUGAUUCAGGGAGUGAUUUGGGGCUUGGCGAGGUCCCCGUACAUCACUAUGACCUGGGAGCCCUCGUUACUGCUCUCCCUUACCUUGAAGAGCUUCAUCUUACUUACGGCGUGAAGGACUGCGGCAUGAACUUUGAGUGGAACCUCUUCAAGUUCACCUACCAGGACUGCUGCAACCUGGCUGGUACCGUGAAGAAGUGCCACAAAUUGAAGGUUUUCAAGCUGACGCGCAGCAACGUGGAUGACGACAAGACCAAGCUGCUGGUCCGCAGCUUGCUGGAUCACCCCUCCCUGGUGGAGCUGAACCUGUCCCACAACCUCAUUGGGGACACGGGGGCACAAGCUGUGGGCAAGCUGAUCAACCGCAGCAAGCUAGAAACCCUGGAUCUGUGUAACAACAAGAUCCAUCAGGCGGGGGCUCAGGCCCUGGCCCAGGCACUGGCCCAGAACUGCAUCCUGACCUCCCUGAACCUGCGCCUCAACUACCUGGGGGACGAGGGCGGGGAGGCGAUGGGCCGUGCCCUGCUGGCCAACACCACCCUGAAGUCCAUCCACCUGGGAAGCAACAUGCUGUCGGAGCCCAGUGCUGUGCUGCUGUCCCAGGUCCUUGCUCAGAACGCCACCCUGACGUCCAUCAACUUGUCGUGCAACCACAUCGGGCCGGACGGUGGCAAGCAGCUGCUGGAAGGGCUGGCGGGCAACAAGACCCUGACCGAAUUCGACCUCCGCCUGGCAGAGGUGGGCCAGGAGAACGAGUUCCUCAUCGGGCAGAUGCUGUGGGCCAACCGGCACGCCGCCCGCCUGGCACCUCAGCCACAGCCACCAACCGAGCCCCUCUGACCAGGACGCUGCAGAAAGCUCCCCAGGUACCAGUUUUGCUUCCCACAUAGGAUCUGGGCUGACAAACCUCCCCUUGCACAAGUGGAGGGCUUCCAGUAGAGCACCUGGGGUCGGCAAUCCAGCCCCUCAACCCCCAGGGGAGGGCACUGGGGCUGCUUCCCCAGCUGCCCACCCAUUCCUGCUGUCCCCCAGGGGUCACAGCAUCCACUGCAUGUCCAUGCAGAAAAAUCCUGCUCCCCCCGAACAGGCAGCAUUGCCUGGAGCUGGGAGGAAAGGUCGCGUGGUGGACACCACGGUACAGCUGCUGCCCGGGGCUGCAGGGUCUUCUGCUGUGACAGGAAAGGGGGCAGCCUCUGAAAUGUCACCGGUACCUGACAUGUAGCAAAGACACUCACCUGCUCAGCCUCCUGUGGUCCUAAAUAUCCCACUUUGUCCAAAGCCUCGUCAUGGGGUGCUGUUUGUCAUCCUUCAUUUGCUGCAGAACGGCAUCCGCUCACAGUGCUUUAGUGCUAGGAUCAGCAGUGCUGUAGCGCUCCUUGGGAAGUCAGCCUGACCUUCAGAGGCUUGGUUUUAUUUGCAUUUUUGGGAAAAACACUCCCCUUAUGGCUGCCUUUGCCCCCUGUCAGCCCCUGCCCUCGGAGCAGCGUGGGGGCUCCGGCUCUGACCGCGACCCGUGCCCACAGACCCGCCGCUGACAGCCGCCUCCGUGAAUCAUCUGAAACUUUUAUUACACCGAUUUGGUUUACAAUCUUUGUACUUUGAUAUUUCCAACAAAAAAGGCAACAUUGUGAUAUACUGUUUGUACAUAUAUAGAGAGACGGAGAGAGCUAGAUCGUACUGACAUAGCUGAAAAGUAAAAACUGUUCCCAGUG